UUUCUAUUUCAUCGCAGUCGUCUGGGAGUACGGAUCGCUAAAAAUUCUUCGAUAAAACACUAUGAAGAUGGAGCGUUUUCAGUUACGGCACCAGCAUUAUCCACAACCACCGUAAUAGCUUUCUGCAAAGAUGAUAACUGUGUGAGUGAAACCGUGCCAAAAAUGGCUUAAAACCUCUCUAUAACCAAACACAGCCGCGUUUAGGUUAUGUUAGCGCCAUGGGAGGCGUACAACGCCGGGCCGAAAGGUCGUUGUCUGCAACAGGAACCCACAUGUAGCAGAAACACUGUUACCACGUUAGUUUGUUGUUGAAGGCAUGCCAUCAGAAACAACAGCAACCAGGAGGUGACUCAACAACACGAGACGAAUGAUCAAUCCGGCGACGGAGGCCACGAAAAACAGACGUGUUUCGCAGCAAACGGGCCAACUUACAAGCUGAACGGGAUUGAUGUUGUAUUACAUUUCCAGGAGUCUUGCCAGGAGGAAGAACUGCAGCAAUUAAUGUACAUUUUAAAACAUUAAAUGAUUUUAAUUCGAUUGUAAUUAAAUGAAGCAACAUAACUAUGUUCGGCCUACUCCAUUCAAGCGUUUCUUCUUUGUUUAGAAAAGAGUAUGAAAAUAAUGAGAAUUCGACACGAAACAGUGCCAGAGAGCAUGUACACGCGAGCCUUAAGGAGCGAACGCACAGUUCUUCGAGCACAGGUGGUACUCCUGUCCAAGAGAAUCGGCUGCUGCUCAUUCUAAAUGCCGCACUCGUGCCCGGCGGGCGGUACAUCUGGUGAAAAUAAUUGUAUUCUAAAGUGAAUUGUGGUGUUUGUACUGCAUACAGUGAGUAAAAUUCGACAAAAAUUACCCGCAACUAAGCGAAAGAUAACGUACAUUCUGCCAAGAGGCAAGCACAAACAGCAGUGCACAACAAUUGGCAAAGAGGACCGUCUCGUCUUCCAGCUCGGCUCAACAUGACGGGGUUAAAGUCGCUCAGCUCAGCUAAUAUGGCAGAGAGAGUUGUAAAUGAAAAAAAUGGCCAGUGUGACAAUCUCAGAACAUCGCUUCCGGUCCCUAUGUUCUCACGCAAUGAUUUCAACAUCUGGUCCGUACUAAAGAAUUGCAUCGGAAAGGAACUUAGCAAAAUCACAAUGCCAGUGGUGUUUAACGAGCCACUCAGCUUUCUGCAGCGUAUGACCGAAUACAUGGAGUAUGCUAAGCUGCUCCGUGUAGCUUCCGAACAAACGACACCGUUGGAGCGACUGAAGUACGUUUCCGCAUUUGCCGUUUCGGCGCUGGCCUCCAACUGGGAGCGCCUGGGAAAGCCCUUCAAUCCAUUACUGGGCGAAACGUACGAGCUAACUCGUCCCGAAUUUCGGAUCAUAUGCGAGCAGGUGUCUCAUCAUCCACCAAUUUCCGCAUUCCACGCCGAUUCGGAAAGCUUCCGAUUUCACGGCUCCAUUCAUCCGAAGCUGAAGUUCUGGGGCAAAAGUGUCGAGAUACAGCCCAAAGGUGUUGUGACGGUGGAGUUCCCAAAGCUCAAUGAGGCAUACUCCUGGAGCAAUGUGAACUGUUGCGUGCACAACGUGAUCGUUGGCAAGCUGUGGAUCGAGCAGUACGGAAUGAUGGAGGUCGUAAGCCACCAGCACGGCUUGAAGGCUACGCUCAACUUCAAACCCUCCGGAUGGAACAAUAAAGAUUUGCAUCGUGUCGAGGGCUACAUCACCGAUCGAAACAAACGCAAAACUCAUUUUCUUUACGGCAAAUGGACGGAGUUUAUCAAAUGUACGGAUUACGGCUCCUAUGAGGAAUACGUAAAGGAAAAUGCUCACAAAUUCAAGCGCAACGCAGACGAGCGAAGCAAGAGCCCGAACGAAUCGCCCGGCAACACCCCGCGCAAAGUGUUGUCCAAGCUUAACAGCUUGAAAAUGAGCUCCUUUAAAAGUCUUUCGAUACAGGAACCGGACGACCCACCAGAACCAUCAGAAGGAGACAUCCCCAAAAGUGAUUCCACCUAUUCGAUCGACAUUCCCAACUCAGUGUCACUGUGGCAAGCAGAGUCGCGCCCCGCCAACACGGCCGAAUACUACCAGUUUACAAACUUUGCCAUGUCUCUGAAUCAGUUGGAGGAGCACAUGAAACAACCACGUGCCCUGUGCCCGACCGAUUCCCGUCUCCGGCCCGACAUCAGAAAGCUCGAGCAGGGCGAUCUGGACGGAGCAGCGGCUGAGAAAACGCGGCUCGAAGAAAAGCAGCGCGAAAAUCGCAAGAAGAGCAAAAAGGGACAGGAGGAACAGGUUAUCUUCCCCAGAUGGUUCAAACAAGACAUCAAUCCACACACUAAGCAGGACGAUUGGAUCUACAAGGGAGGCUAUUGGGAUCGAAACGAUGACAAUCUGGAACUGGACAUAUUUUAAAUGCUCUUCCAAAACCAAACUUCCGCCUGGCUGGUUUGGUAGAAAAGGCAUACGGGAAAGACGACACAAAAGACCCGACCACACUUACUACUCACAGCAACUCAUGGAAUCUUUCAGCUAUCGUCACGCGUCGCGACAUUCCGUUCCGCACUCACAAUCUCACAAAUAAAGGACACUACUUGUAAUUAAUGUCUCCAUGUACUCCCUCCGCUGGCGAAGCCAACCACAGCUGAAUUGAAGUAAUUAGCAUCAUGAUUGUAAUACUUUAGCCACAGCGAGACCCAGCUAUCUUAAUUUUCACUCUACGCUGAGAGCUGAGCUUUAGUUGCCGCGAUUAUUAGGACUAACUCAAAAGUUGUGCAAGCGUAGAAUGUACAUUUCCGGGAACCAAUACGGAAACACUUGGGACAAUAUAAUUUUAGAUUGUAAGACGAACACAACAAGUAUCGUAGUUUUGAACCACGUGCUCUCAAACACAAAACAGUUUGGGUCAAUUAAUGGCAAUUCGUACAGAGGAUGGCAGUGCAUCAUACGCUCUUUGUUUUGCGAUUAAUGUAGAGACAACCGUCGUGUGUUAUUGUGUAGUACCAACACUUUAAAGAAUAAAAAACAAGCAAAUGCUUCAUAAUAGGAGAUGGGCGGUAGUACGGACUCAAAACAAGGGUCAGAAUCAAACAGUGUUGUAGGGAACACAUUAAACAUAGCCAGAGUUGUUGAAAUGUCUAUAAACCAAAUAGAAAUACAAAACAAACCAGAAAGCGUAACGUAAAGUUACUAAAGCGUAUCUAUUACUAGAAAUGUAAAUGUAUCUCUCAGCAACGCUGAGACAUGUUAAAAUAUAUAAGAAUAAUAAAAUCUACCUAGUCACACUGCA